AUGUUUGCCGACACGCCGAGUCGCCACGGGUUGCGGGGUGUGCCGGCGGCGGCUUCCGCCGACGUUUCGCCUCCGCGGAGGGCGUUAAUUUCCGCCGCGAACGUCGACGGCGUCCCGGAGACGCUGUCCCCGCGCGUGCUUGAAGAGGCGAGCGUGGAGGGCGGAGACGGGAUGGCGGAGGGCGGAGAGGCGGAGACUCUUGACGAGGGGAGGGUGCUUACGUCGGAAGAGUCGGGGGAGGCGGAGGAGGGCGCGUGGGAGCGCGCGAGUGCUAUUGCGGAAGAGGCGGAAGAAGGUGUGGCGGAAGGGGAGGAGGGGGAAGUGGAGGCUGGAGAGGAGUUCGAAGAGGGCCGGCAUUUGGCGGAGGAAGAAGGGGGGAUGGGGGAUGCGGAGGCGGUAGAGGGGGAGAUGGGGGAUGGGAAGGGGGAGACUAAGGAGGGGAGGGUGUUGGCGGAGGAAGUGGAGGGAGAGAAUGAGGAUGAGGAUGAGGGGGAGAUGCGGGAGGGAGAGGAGAUUGAGGAGGGAAGAGCGCUUCAGGAGCAAGGGGAGUCCGAGGAGGUUGGUAAUUUGGAGGGAGCGGAAGAAGAAGAGAAUGAGGAAGAGGGGGAGAUGCAGGAGGGGAGGGCACUCGCGGAGCAAGACGACGGUGAGGAGGAGGGUGAGUGGGACGAGGAUGCUGAGGAGGAGGAAGAAGAGGAGAUGCAGGAGGGGAGGGUGCUGAUGGGGGACGACGGAGAGUCCGAGGAGGUUGGUGCUUUGGAGGGAGAGGAGGAGGAGAGGGAGGAUGAGGAGGAGGAGGGGGAGAUGCAGGAGGGGAGGGCACUGGCAGAGCAGGACGGUGCUGAGGAGGAGGGUGAGUGGAAUGAGGAUGCCGAGGAGGAGGAAGAAGAGGAGAUGCAGGAGGGGGAGGAGGUUGAGGAGGGUAGGAUGCUGGCAGAGCAAGGAGUGUCCGAGGAGGCGGAGGAGGGGAUUCAGGAAGAACAAGAUAAACUCAGCGGGGAGGAGGAGAUGCAGGAGGGAGAGGAGGUUGAGGAAGGCAGGAUGCUGGCAGUAGAGGGGAUUCAGGAGGAGCAAGAGGAUUUCAGCGAUGAGGAAGAGGAGGAGGAGGAAAUGGUGGAGGGCAGGGAUUUGGCAGAGAUGAACGAUGGUGAGGAGGCUGGUGCAUUGAAGGCAGAGGAGGGGAUUCAGGAGGAGCAAGAGGAUUUCAGCGAUGAGGAAGAGGAGGGGGAGAUGCAGGAGGGACGGGCUUUGGCCGAGAUAGACGAUUCUGAGGAUUUGAAUGGGGAGGAGGAUGAGGCAGAGGAGGAGGAGGAAGCAGACAUGCAGGAGGGACGGGCUUUGGCAGAGGUAGAUGAUUCUGAGGAUGUGAAUGGGGAGGAAGAGGAGGAGGAGGAGAUGCAGGAAGGGCGGGCACUUGCGGAGAUGGGCGAUUCAGAGGGUGUGAAUGAGGAGGAGAGCGAGGGCGAGGAGGAGGAGGAGGAGGAGGAGGAGGAGGAAGAGGAAGAGAUGCAGGAGGGGAUGGAGGAGGAUGGUCGGGUGCUGCUGGCAGGGGAGGGCGAGGAGGAGGAGGAAGAGAUGCAGGAGGGACGUGUUUUGGCCGAGAUCGACGAUUCUGAGGAUUUCGAUGGGGAGGAGGAUGAGGAAGAGGGAGAGGAGGAGGGGGAGAUGGAGGAGGGGAGGGCUUUGGCAGAGCUCGACGAUUCUGAGGGUGUGAAUGAGGAGGAGGAUGAGGAAGAGGAGGAUGAGGAGGAGGGGGAGAUGGAGGAGGGGCGGGCUUUGGCCGAGCUUGAGAAUUCUGAGGAUUUGAAUGGGGAGGAGGAUGAGUCAGAGGGAGAGGAGGAGGCAGAGAUGCAGGAUGAGGAGGAUGGUAGGGUGCUUCUGGCAGCAGAAGAGGACGAGGAGGGCGAGGAGGUCGAGGAGGUCGAGGAGGGGGAUGAGGAAUUCGAGGAUCAUGAGCAGCAGGUGGUUGAACCAGAGGGGGAGAUGGAGGAGGAUGGUAGGGUGCUUCUGGCAGGAGAGGACGAGGAGGGAGAGAGUGAGGAGGAAGAGGGGGAGGAGGCCGAUAUGCAGGAGGGGAUGGAGGAGGAUGGUAGGGUGCUGAUGGCAGGAGAGGAGGAUGAGGAGGGCGAGGAGGGAGAGAGUGUUGGGAGUGAGGAGGAAGAGCGGUGGGGUGAGGAGGAGGGGAUGGCGGAUGUGGCUGAAACAGCAACAGGGCGUCCGAGUUUCAGUGAGGUGGAAGAGCAGUGGGCUGAGGAGGAGGGGAUAGUGGAUGUGGCUUAG